GAUAAAUUGUUUCAAAAAUUCGAUGGAGUACUUAAACAAUUGAAAAAAUUUUGCAAUGUCCAGCAGUAAGAUAUUUUGUAAGCUAUUACCUGCAAUUUGGUUAUCCCGCCAUUAAUAUUUUGUCCAGAAAUAUACGAUGUCUCGGUCAGAAGUAUGAUAUUUUGACGUUGCGCCGAAAAGUUGUGGUAAACGCCCUAUCCCCGUGAAUUAGAUGAUAAAAAAAUGAAAAAAAUGAUAUAUACCUGCUAUUAUUUUCUCAUAAUAAAGAAAAGGCACAAUAUUGCCUCAAAUAAUCAUUCGCAAAGAGUCUCUUAACCCUUUUUUCUAAAGAAAGUGUAGGGAAAUAUUUAGUGUUGUGAAAUCUUUCGAUAAUUUAGUAGUGUUCGUUUACAAUACGCAUGCGCUGUAAAAUUGGAGUAAAUCAAUAUGGCGGAAAAUAGCCCCGGAUAAUAUUUUCUCAAAAUUUGAAGAAAUUGCGGCUCAUAGGACUAAGUUCGACUCGUGGAGGAUAAAACCAUUUAAAAAUAUUGAUAGAGUAUCAGGAUGGCACAUCAACUUCAUUUAGAGAAGGAAAAAUACAGACAGUGGGUAAAGGCUGGUUUAGGACUUGGAUAUUUAAAGGAUGGACUGGUACCAUUCUGUAAUGACAUAGCUAACCAACAACAUAAGGAUAUCUUACAAACCAUUCGUUCUACAAAAUCACUACCAUCAACUGUGACGUGUGGCAACUGUCGAGUUGAAACUCUCAAGCCAGACCAUAAGCCAGUACCUGGGAAUGCUGGAAACAAAGUUUGUCCUCUUGGGCAAGUAAAAUGCAGCUGUUGCUGUAAGGGCAAAAUUGCUUGUCCGAACAACAUAUGUGGCGCCAUCUAUGAUUUUAUUGUGCAGCAUCAUGCAUCCUCACCACCUGCACCUAACUGGAAAAACAGCGAUGCUCAACAGUGGGUGACAGACCCUUGGAGCAUUUGUAAGUGUUUUAUAAAUGCUCCAGGCUACGAGCAGAAACAAUCUGUUGGGGAAACUGAUUGUACUGGGUUAUUACAUCUAGUGAUAAAUAACCAGUAUUUUCAUAGCCACAUUGGAUGCAAUGUCACAGGAACAAACAACCUUUUUUCAAAGGUUCGUCACUAUAGAAAUGCUAUCUUUCACUCAAGCAGCAUGGAAUUAGAAGAAAGUGAGGCAAAUACUUACUUAGACGAUAUGAUAGCAGUUUUACAAGAUGGUAAAGAGCUAUUACACCGAUCAGAUGCCCAGAUAGCAGUGAAGAAACUUCAAGAUCUGAAGAAGAAAGACUUCAUUAUCACAACAGAAGGGUUUGAAGAAAUGUUGAGACAAAUCAAAGAAGAAAUGACGAAAAUUCGAAAAUCAUCAGAGGAAAACGAGGGACUUAAAAAUGAAUUAACAGAACUUAAAGAACAGAUGACCAAAGAAAAGGAGGAGGCUGAGAAAAUACAUACAGAAUUAGAAAGAAAAUUUACUGCUCUUGAGACAGAACUUAAAGAGGAGAUAAAAAGACUCAAGGUAGAAGUUUCUCCUCAACAAAAACAGUUAGAAAACGAAAAGGCGAAAUCAGAAUGGCAGAAAGAGCUGAUAGCAUCAUACUGUAAGACUUUGCUAAAAGUACCAGCAAUGCCUUUACUAUCACGAGGUCAGAAAUGUAACUUCCUUGAGAUUUAUGUUAGGCCCACUAUAACAAGAGAAAUAAAAGGAGAGAAAGGGGAGACAAAGGAGAUUGAGGUCAAGUCAAUGUCAGAUAUCUUCAUAAAGAAUGACGUGCCUUUGAAACAUAUAUAUGUUCUUGGAGAUGUAGGGUCUGGUAAGAGUAGUUUCUGUAAAUAUUUGGUCAAUUGUUGGUGUACUGCACACAGUGAUGCACAAAAUGUAAAUGAUAAGUUUGAAGGAGUCAAGGAAAUGAAGAAAUUUGAUAUCAUGUUUUAUAUCUCCCUAAGACAUAAUCAAGACAUAGACAGUGUCCAGGAUAUGAUUAAAAAUCAGUAUGAUAUUGACAUUUCAAGCCCAGUUCUCAAAAAGGACUCUGCAAAGAUUAUAAUAUUGCUUGAUGGCUUAGAUGAAUGGUCUUCUGAAAGAAAGUCCUACAAUCAGUUCCAGACAAUGGGUCUCCCAAAACAGGAUGUUAAUAAAGACUACACAAUCGUAACUACAUCACGGCCAUGGAAAGUUCACACCUUAGGAAUAAGUGAGACAGAAAUUGAACAAAUACUGAAUCUGAAAGGGUUUGAUUUGAUAUGUGAGAGUGAAAUGGUAGAUAAAACAGUCUCACAAUUAAAUUUCAGCAGACAUGCUAGUAAAGAUGCCAGGGUUUGUAAACAAAAGCUAACAGAAAAGUCCCUGGAAAGUUUAAAACAGCUACCAAUUAUGCUGCAGCAACUGAUUUGUCUAUGGUUUGAUGAUAAACUCGAUGAAACUUCAAAAUGUGCCAUUUACACUGGCAUGUUAGAACUUUUCUUUACCUGGAAUGACAUGAAAACUGCAGGAACAAGUACCCGACUCAUGGAGGGUGCUCAGAAAGUAGAUCUUCCUGAAACCUUAGCUGAUAAAAACAUAUUGAAAUUAAACAGCCAUCUCAUUUAUUAUGUGUCACAGUUGGCUUAUGAGACACUAUUUAAUUGUCCCAAGGAUAAAUCCUUGACAUUUGACAUUUGUAUGUUUGAUGAACUAGAAAUAUCAGAUAAAGUAAGAGAAUGUUGCUUGAAACUUGGAAUAAUUACAGAAGAUGAAUGUCCAAGUUUAUCUGUAUCAGAACCACCAAGCUCAUUGUUUUCUUUUAUUCACAAAUCAAUGCAAGAAUUUCUGGCUGCAGUGAAUAUUGGCAUCAAUUUCAAUGCAAAAAUUGGUUUGUCAGAUAGUACAGGAAAUGUUGAAUUAGCCAAGAAGUUUAUUAAUGAGGUUUUUCAGAAAUGUUUAACAGUAAAUGACAUAUUAGAGCAGUCAAAUGUAAUUAUUAUGCUAUCUGGUCUUGAACCUAGAUUAGCAACACAUGUUUCAAAAUACAUAUAUGAUACUGUGUCAGAAGACUCUCGUGUUCAGGAAUACAGGACAAUAAGUAACAUUUUUUAUAGCGAUCAUGGUUUUAUUGCUGAUAUUCAAAAGCUUAUGUUUGAGUCAAUGGAAGAAUUCAAAGCAGCAUGUAGUAUAGGUAGUAAUACUGUGUUUUAUGUAGGAGAUUUGGUCAUUGAUAGACUGGGUCAGUAUUGCGAUAUUGUUUGUUCAGGUAUUGAUCAGCAUCAGAUUGUUCCUGACUCUGUUCUGUCUAUUUAUGUAGAUAAAAUCAACACAGAAAAUGUUAAAUUUACAAAAUAUUUACAAAUGUUUCAUCAUCUUGAAAAAAUUGCAAUAUCAUAUGAUUUUGGAUCACAGAGUAAUGAACAGAGUAUAAAUGAGAUAAACAAUUGUAUUUGUGAGACAAUUGAAGUAAAUACUUUAACAUUAAAAUCUCUGUCUCUUAAUGGUGUCUCCUACACUGACAAGUAUUACCCAGUGUGUAAAACAGUUGUUAGUAACCUACCUAGUAUGAUCAAUCUUGUAGCAAUAAGUAUGAGUCGUAUAACAAUGAGUCAUGAUGAUACUACUACAUUUUGUAAUUUUCUUGAGGGAACCAGUCAUCUUGAACAAAUACAUCUUACUGAAGUUAAAUGUGAGUGUGAGAACCAGCAUGAUGUAAAUUUAUCAAAACAUCAACAACUUCAGUACCUUUGUUUGAGAUAUACUGUUAGUGUGAUAGAUGUUGAUACUACAAAUCUUGAAAUAUUUAUAUUUGGUAAAUUGAAAAAUAGAAAUUAUGAGAAAAUAUUUGAUAUUAUUAGAAAAUCUUACAAAUUAAAAGAACUUGAAUUGUAUGCAGAUGAUAACAAUAAAUCUCAAUUAUAUUAUACCAACAUAACAAAGAGACUAGUCACAGUAUUACCAUUGUUACACAAUCUCAGUAAGACUGAGUUAUGGUAUUUUAGGUUAACUGACAAUAUACUACAGUCACCUUUAGAGAUGAAGAGUUUAAAAAAACAUUGAGCUUAAGUAUGUCAUAAUGAGUUUGACAACAUGGCAGAAGUUUGUUGAUAGUCUUCCUCAUAUUCCUCAUACUGUAGAUGUGAGUGUAAGGGGCUGUUAUAUAACAGGAGAUGGUGAGGAGUUUAAUGUUGAUAGGUUAAUAUUGAUAUCAGUACUAAGAGGAGGGAAGGUAAAUGAUGCUAUACAGUAUGUAAAAGACCAGGAUCAGUUAUUUCAUGUUAAACGUGAUACUGAUCAUUUGUUAAUAUUUUCAACAAAAAAGUGAUAUAGGAUGCAUGAAGUGAACAUAGAGAGAUGAUAAUUUGGUUUUUCAUUUUCGAAAAAAAAAAUUAUCCGAAAUUAUCCGAAUUGUUAACAUAGUGAGGGAGAAUACAUGCAGUAAACGUAGUGCUUAAUCUUAAUUAUUUCAUGAUAAAAGACAUAUAAAAAUAGACUUUUCAUUAUUAGCAAAAAAGAAAAAUAAUAAUGCUAAAGUUACAUAUUGAUAAGUUAAAUAAUGAAUGUAGUGCAAUAUGAUAGAUAACAAUCAUCAAAAACAGUUCAUUAAAUAUUAAUUUCUGAUCAUUGUAAUAAAUUUAAAAUUAAUGAAAGUAAUAUUCAAAUGUGAUUUUAAAUAAAUAAAGAAAUGCAGAGAAAUAUAAAGAAAUUAUAGAUAACUGUUUUUUUUAAAAGAUCAGGGAUAGUUUGUGAAAAAAGAAUAUGAUUUGUAAAAAGUAAUGUUCUAAUUAUAAAUGCAUAAAUAGAUUUGAAAAUAAAACAAGUAAAUAAAUUAAUGAAUAAGUAAAUUUAAUGGAAAUAUCAUAAAACAGAUGUUUAAUGUAAUUGACAUGGUCAUAAAAGUUAGAAGAAGUAAAAGAUAGCAUGCAAAUACCAGUCAUAUAAAUAUGUAUGACACUGGAAUGGUAUAUAUAAAUACCAGUUAUAUGAUAUAAAGGACAGGGGAAUCAGGUAUAUAUAAAUACCAGUUAUAUCAUAAUGUACAAGGGCAGAAGAAGUAAAAGAUUAAUGUAACUGAAUGAAUAAAUAUCUGUUAUAUGAUAUAUUGGACAAUGUAAUGAUAUAUAUUAAUACCAGUUAUAUGGUGUAUAGGGUAAUUGAAUGUUAUAUAUAAAUACCGGUUAUUUGAUAUAUAGGAAAAGUGGAUGAUAUAUAUUGAUACCAGUUAUAUGAUGUAUAGGAUAAUGGAAUGAUAUAAACAAAUACUAGUUGCACGAUUUAUAGGACAAGUAAAUGAUAUACAUGUAUAUUGAUACCAGUUAUAUGGUGUAUAGGAUAAUGGAAUGUUAUAAAUAGAUACCAGUUAUACAAUAUAUAGGACAGGGGAAUAUAUAAAUACCAGUUAUAUGAUAUAUAGGGAAAGUGAAUGAUAUUUAUAAAUACCAAAUAUGAUAUAUACAUGUAGGACAAAUGAUUGAUAUAAUUUAAAUACCAGUUAUAUGAUAUAUAGGACAAGGGAAUGGUUUAUAUAAAUACCUGUUAUAUGAUAUAUAGGACAAGGGAACAGUAUAUAUUAUUACCAAUGAUAUAAUAUAUAGGGUUAUAUGAUAUAGAGGAAUAGUCAAUUGUAUAAUAAUGAAUACCUGUUACAUGAUAAAUAGGACAAGUAAAUGGUAUACAUAAAUUGUUUCAUUGAGAUGCGGACCAUUUACAUGUUGUAUUUUAGAGAUUUCUUCUUUGAUUGUAUUAUAUUGUAAAGGUUGAAAAAAGUGUGAAAAAUUAAAAUUCUGCAAAACGAUAAAAGUCAAUACUGUUAGUCAGUAUUACUCAAAGUGUAAAGUUAAAGGGUCUCCACUGAUGAUUUUCGACGUAUUCAGAAUUAUAUUUUAAAUUACUUGAUUUUAUGAGAGUAAUAUAUGAGAGUAAUAGGAAGUCACUGUUUGAGGAUCAUGGACUAUAAAAUGAAUAUUGACAGAAUUAUUUCCCUUUUUGAAAAUACUGCAUUAUCCAUCACUGUUGAUAGUCAAGCACACAGUCCUGUUGACAGUGUUUAAAAAGAUUUUAUAUAGCGAAAGUCAGUGUGAAAACUACACUUCAUUAAUAUGGAUUUUUAUACCCCCAAAAACGAAGUUCAAUUAGAACUUUUUAACUAAACAAUGUGUCAUAUUUUAGUACCAAGACAUAAUAACAUUAUAGGUAUACAUAAGUUAUAUUUCUGCUGAUGUUAACAUAAUUAUGAUAUGUAAUUUUAAAUGUAUUGUUAAACAUAUGUUACAUGAAAUUAAUCAAAAGUUAUGUUGUAAUCCUCUGUCCUGGGUAACCAACGGAUACUUGUCAUGUUUACACUUCAUUCAUGAUGAAUGUAGUUUACCGGAAUCAGUACCUCUGGGUUCAGUACGUCUGGGUUCAGUACCUCUGGGUUCAGUACCUCCGGGUUCAGCUAAAAUAAAGAUUUAAUGCUUUCAGACAGUUAUGAUAUAACUACAUGUUAUGAAUGGUAUGUUAGUUUUUUAUACUUGCUGAUAUUAGUAUAUACCAAGGUGAAGAUAUGUUAUAAACAUAUGUUACGUAUGUCUGAUUGCUCCAUGAAAUUCUGAAUGAAUGUGUUUGUUACAUGAAAUUCUGAUUGAAUGUGUUUGUUACAUGAAAUUCUGAAUGAAUGUGUUUGUUACAUGAAAUUCUGAUUGAAUGUGUUUGUUACAUGAAAUUCUGAUUGAAUGUGUUUGUUACAUGAAAUUCUGAUUGAAUGUGUUUGUUACAUGAAAUUCUGAUUGAAUGUGUUUGUUACAUGAAAUUCUGAUUGAAUGUGUUUCUUACAUGAAAUUCUGAUUGAAUGUAUAUAGUACAUAAUAUUACAUGUUAAAGGGACUCCACGGAGGAUUCUUGACAUGCCGGGACUGGAAAUAAUUUUUUUGAAAUUAUUACUCCAUUUGAUGUAGAUCUCCAUUUGAUGUAGAUCUAUAUAAAUGACCUAUAAGCAAAAUUUAAGAUCAUUAUCUCGCUCCCUUUUUCCAGAAUUAUUAUUAUUAUAGUGAAAAAUGAUCCAAAAUUCAAAAGUGUUGAAACGCUUUUCAAUCAAAUCGGACUGAGAAUAGCCCAAACAUACACUUUUCAGUGUAUUUCUUGUAUAUUUCUUUGUUAUAUUUAAUUUAUAUUUCUGUUUAAAGUGCUCAUGUUUAUUUUUGUGAAAAUUAGAAUGUUAUGUUUUAGGCUUAUAAACCUUAGUGGAGUUUCUUUAAUAUUGUUAAUUGUAUAAUUACAAGGUAUUGCAAUCCUUUUAUGAAAAUAAGAUUAUAUUAUUUUAUAACAAGUUAUGUUAUGUGACAUGACACUUAUACAUACAUUUUAAAUUGUUGUAACUAUUUGUUUUAAAGGCCCAUUAAGCCUUAAAAAAUUCAACCAUUUUGUUGACAUUUUGCUACACAAAUCAUAUUUUCUUUUCAAACUCAUUUUUUUGCCAUGUGAUAAGAAUUUAAAAUAUAUUUGUUUGAUAGGUUAGCAUAUAUGUAUGACUUGUUUAAUGUAUAUGUAUGAUGUAUAAUAAAGAAAUGUACAUAAUUGAU